ACCCAUUUCCAUGUAAUGCAAGUAACCAUUAAUAUUCACACCCUCCCUCAACAUGGCCAAACCAAUGUUUUUGGUGCUCUUUUUCCUGCUCGCCUCUCCUUGCUGCUGCUCCUCCUUAUGGGGAGGAUGCCCUCCUCACGAAUUAUCUGCCCUCAACCUCUUCAAACAACACCUGCUCGAUCCAUAUGACUCCCUGGCAUCAUGGAAGGGAUUAUACUGCUGCUCUUGGAAGGGAAUCACCUGCCACAGCCUCACUGGCCACGUGGUUCGUGUGGAUUUUACCACCUUUGAUUAUCCCUUGUCAGCACUAGUGAGGAAUUCAAGCAGCCAAAUAUUCCCUGCUUUAUUCCAACUGCAGCAUUUGGAGUACCUCGACCUCAGUUGGAUUGACUUGUCCCCUCUUUCCAUUCCUUCACACCUUCCGAGCCUCAGCACAUUGACGCAUUUGAGCUUGCAUUUUUGUUGGCUUACUGGCCGAAUACCAAGUGAGAUUGGGAACAUGUCUCGCUUGACAUUUCUGGACAUCUCCUACAAUGAUGAUCUGGAGACGAGGCAGUCGAGCUCGUGGAUACGAAAUUUGCGAGGGUUGGAGCACCUUGGACUAGCAUAUGUGAAUCUGAAAAGAGACGUGGUAGAGAGUGUUGCUUCUCUUCCCAAUCUUACAUCACUUGUCAUGUCUGAGACGUCAGGUACACCUCUCUCUCCUCUUGGAAACCUCACCUCACUCUCCCAUCUUCAGCUUGUUGGUACUUACUUCACUCAGCAGCCAUUUCCCAUUUGGAUUUCUAACCUUACAUCUUUGGUUUCCCUCUACCUCGUUGAUUACAAUCUCUCCAGUUCCAUCCCUUCUGCUGUUUUAAGCCUUCCACACUUGAGGAACCUUGAGUUGUAUAAAAACACUGGUCACAAAGUCAACCUCUCUUCCAUUGUGCAACAUGCUUCCCAGCUCAAUAGCCUUUCUAUUGCAAGUUCAGAUGUGGGAGGAGUGAUUCCAAAUUCUAUUGGAAAUAUGUCCUCAUUAACUGCCUUAGCUCUUUAUGGUAACAAUAUUGAAGGUAGACUUCCAGAUUCUAUGGGGAAUAUGUCCUUGCUGACCAGCUUAGAUCUUUAUUAUAACAAUAUUGAAGGCAGUCUUCCAAAUUUUAUUGGAAAUCUCUCACAGCUUGAAGAUUUGGAUCUUUCCAGAAAUUCACUAAGAGGCAACAUUCCAUGGAGCUCUUUAGGUGGGCUAUCAAAGCUUUCACUUCUUUUUCUUGGUUCAAACCAAUUAAAUGGAAGCUUGCCAUAUACUUUUGGUAAUCUCUCAUCUUUGGCCUUGCUUGAUGUCUCAAACAAUUCUCUAAGUGGCACAUUCUUACUCUCUCAACUAGAAAAUUUCACGAAGAUUUGUUACUUGAGUCUUUCUGAUAAUUUCUUGAGAGUGAAAGUUGAAGACUUUUGGAUCCCAAAAUUUCAGCUUCAAUAUUUGUAUUUGAGUUCUUGUAAUAUGGAUGGUGAUUUCCCAUCUUUCCUAUCCACCCAAUACAAUAUAAGAGAACUCGACUUGUCCAACAAUUCUCUUGGUGGAAAUAUUCCUAAUUGGUUGUGGGGCCUUACAUCUUUCAACACACUCAAGCUCUCAUGUAAUCAAUUUGGAGGAAAGCUUUUGUCAUCAAAGUUUGGUAAGUUGAAUGCUCAAUAUGUUGACUUACAUAGAAACAAGUUACAAGGGAAUGUUUUAGUUCCUCAUCGUGAUGUGCAAUUCUUGGACAUGUCUGAGAAUCAAUUUGAUGGCAUCAUUUCAGAAAACAUUGAUGACUAUGGCCAGAGUCAACUCAAUUAUUUGUCACUUGCAAAUAAUAAUAUAAGUGGUGUCUUUCCACAUUCUAUUUGUGAAGGAAAUCACUUGGAGGUUCUAGAUGUGUCAAAUAACAAGCUCACAGGUAAUAUUUUUGCAAGUUUUGGGAAUUGUUCAACAACACUCAAAGUGUUAAAUCUAGAAAAUAAUAAUUUGGAAGGUGAGAUUACAAGAAUGGUUUGUCUUCAAACGUUGAAAUUAGGAGGCAACAAACUACAAGGUACAAUUCCAUCAUCACUUAAAAAUUGUACUUCUUUGGAGAUUCUAGAUUUGGGAUAUAAUAACAUGCAGGGAACCAUCCCAAAUUGGAUAGGGAAGUUAAUUGGUCUUCGAAUUUUGGUGUUGAGAUCUAAUAAAUUCAAAGGUGGAAUACCCUUAGAGUUGACAAAAUUAGAAAAUCUUCAAGUCUUGAUUUUGUCAAAUAACAAUCUAUCUGGAGCUAUUCCAAGUAGCUUAAGAAACUUGAGAGCAAUGACAAAUCAAACACAAAGUGCAGAUGUCCUCCUUCAAUACUCAAAUUCAAGCUCAAUGCCUUAUUUAGAUAAAAUUGAAAUAAACAACAAAGGGCUAGUUCUAGAAUACGUGAAAUCUUUGGCAUUGGUUCGGUGUCUUGAUCUCUCAAACAACAACUUCUCAGGUGAUAUUCCUCAAGAAAUUGGAUUCCUCAUUGGUCUAAGGAUUCUUAAUUUGUCAAUGAAUCAGCUCCAUGGAAAAAUUCCUACUUCUUUUGGGAACCUUGUGCAAUUGGAGUCACUUGAUCUUUCAGAUAACAAUCUUAUUGGAAAUAUCCCUAAUGAACUACAAUCUCUCACAUUUUUGAGUUACUUGAACAUAUCUUGUAAUAAUUUUUCAGGUAGAAUACCACAAGGAGCUCAAUGGUUAACAUUUGAUGAGAGAUCAUUUUCAAACAAUGCAAACCUUUGUGGACUUCAGAUCAAAAUAAAUUGUUCACCUUCUCCUCCUUCAAAUCAAAUUUAUGAUGAAGAUGUGAGUGAGCAAGAGUGGGAGGAACAUGUGUGGUGUGAGGUGGGAAUUGGAUUGAGCUUUGGAUUUGGGUUUUCAAUUGUUAUUGGAGUAUUAUGUUUCAACAAAAAAUGUAGAAAAAGAUGUUUCAAAGUUAUGGAUGGCAUUAUUGUCAUUCUUGAUCAAUCUAUUCAAAAAAAGAUCUUUUAAUAAUUAUUUUAA